UAUACUUAGGACUUAAUGGAGUAUUAUGCAAAAAAUAAUAAAUCAAUCAAGGGCUAUACCAAAGCCACCGAAAAAGAGGGCAGUUUGUUGGGUGAAAAAUGCGAUAUACUAAUGCCUUGCUCUACGCAAAAGGUUCUCACUGUCGAAAAUGCUAACAGUGUACAAGCCAAGAUGAUUUUAGAAGGCGCUAAUGGUCCUUCGACGCCAGCUGCCGAUGAAAUAUUACGUGAAAAGAAUGUACUCAUUAUACCGGAUUUGUUUUGCAAUGCUGGCGGUGUAACGGUAUCCUACUUUGAGUACUUAAAGAAUAUCAAUCAUGUAUCUUAUGGCAAAAUGAAUGUUAAACGCGAGAAAGCCAUAAUCAACGAGAUCUUUAACUCCAUGAAUGAGUGCGAGGAUAAGUUCAAGCCAAACAAAAAGUUAAAGCUCAUAAGAGACUGUACGAAGGAGGCGGAUAUUGUAGACGCAGGACUACAAACAGUUAUGGAAACUGCGGGGGCAGGCAUUAAGAUUGUGGCCAAUACAAAUUUUACAUUUAUAUAUUUAUAAGAUCCAAAGUGUAAUAUCCUUUUGUAUAUUUUUCUUAAAUUUUUAAAUAAAUAUGUCUUUAC